AUGGGUUCCAUGUUAUUUUCGUAACUCACGGAUAUCGAUAGUAUCCUUCUACGUUGUCGUGGCCUACUUUCUCGUUGUACUUGUUUUGUUGGGCGCAAACAAAGUGAUCGUCCAACGUACAGUAAAUUUUUUUAGCCCAAUGGCAUUAUCAUUGGACAAAAAUGGUCUCUACUGUGAUAAUUAUGAUGAUGUUGAUGCACUUUCUGAUUCUGCAUA